AGUGUAUCUAUCUACCUCCACCACAUCCCCCAGUCACGCCAAUCUCACCCCGUCACAGUCAAUCCAAACUCCACGCGUGGCACUCGCACCUAUACAUCAACUCCUCCGUACAACACCUACGCAAAGCCAAGGCCGGACACACAUCGAUCGUCACCAACACCAAGAGUCGCAUUCUCUUCGCUGAAGUCGACACUCGCGGUGACCAUUGGCGAUGGUCAGGCACUAGGCAUGAGUCGCAUGAUUGCCCCACCUGCCGGUCGCCCUCCACCGAUAUUAUAUUUCAUGGGAUUUGUUUUGUUUGAGUACUGGGCCCACGUAGUAUAGGACGGGGGUGAGGUUGUUUCUUUCACCGUUUGAUUCCUGGAGGCGUUCUAAUCUCAUCUGCGUGACUAAUUCUGAGGGUGUUAAACGCUAAACUCACCAUAGUGCCUCCAUUUAUUUACAUUUUUGAGAUCUUUGAAAAUGUCUGUGCCUAAUGCGGAGCCGUCUCAGAAUGGAGAUAUAAGAUCUAUUGAUACCUCAUGCGCUUUUAGUGCAAUCGAAGAAUGUGAUUUCUCAAGGUUAUUAAACAGGUCAAGGCCUCUGAAUAUGGAGAGACAGAGAUCAUGUGAUGAAAGGUCGCUCCAUGAAUUAUCUAUUGCGUUGUCCCCGCAGCCCCCAUCCAGAACUGCUGAGUACUCUUCCCGAAUGAUUGACCAUAUGGAAUAUUCGUUUUCGCCAGGUAGAAGGUCAGGGUUUAAUACCCCAAGGUCGCAUAUUGCCUGUGAGCCACAUCCAAUGGUUGCUGAAGCUUGGGAAGCUUUGAGACGGUCGUUGGUGCAUUUCCGUGGCCAGCCAGUUGGGACAAUUGCUGCAUUGGAUAAUUCUGAAGAAGAGCUUAACUAUGAUCAGGUGUUUGUGAGAGACUUUGUCCCAAGUGCAUUGGCUUUUCUGAUGAAUGGGGAACCUGAAAUAGUGAAAAAUUUUCUUUUAAAGACUCUUCGUCUUCAGUCAUGGGAGAAAAAGAUUGAUAGAUUCCAGCUAGGAGAAGGAGUAAUGCCUGCUAGUUUCAAAGUACUACAUGAUCCUGUCAGGAACAGUGAAACUUUAAUGGCAGAUUUUGGUGAGAGUGCAAUUGGAAGAGUUGCUCCAGUUGAUUCUGGAUUCUGGUGGAUUAUAUUGCUUAGGGCAUACACAAAAUCUACAGGAGACGCUUCCUUGGCUGAAUUGCCUGAAUGCCAGAAGGGUAUGCGCUUAAUUCUGAGUUUAUGUCUUUCUGAGGGAUUUGACACUUUCCCGACUCUUCUCUGUGCUGAUGGAUGCUGUAUGAUUGAUCGCAGAAUGGGUGUUUAUGGAUAUCCUAUUGAAAUUCAAGCACUUUUCUUUAUGGCUUUAAGAUGCGCUUUGCUUUUACUUAAGCAAGAUGAUGAAGGGAAGGAGGUUGUAGAACGAAUAGUUAAACGCCUUCAUGCCUUAAGCUUUCACAUGAGAAGUUAUUAUUGGCUAGACUUGAAGCAGCUUAAUGACAUAUAUCGAUAUAAAACAGAAGAAUACUCGCACACGGCGGUCAACAAGUUUAAUGUAAUACCUGAUUCUCUUCCAGAAUGGAUUUUUGAUUUUAUGCCAACUCGUGGUGGUUACUUCAUUGGGAAUGUCAGUCCCGCCAGAAUGGAUUUCCGUUGGUUUUGCAUGGGCAAUUGCAUUGCAAUUCUAUCAUCCUUGGCAACCCCUGAACAGUCCAUCGCAAUUAUGGAUCUUAUAGAAUCACGAUGGGAGGAAUUGGUUGGAGAAAUGCCACUAAAAGUUUGUUAUCCAGCAAUAGAAAGCCAUGAAUGGCGGAUUGUAACAGGAUGUGACCCAAAAAAUACAAGAUGGAGUUACCACAAUGGUGGAUCUUGGCCAGUGCUUUUAUGGCUCCUCACUGCCGCAUGUAUCAAGACCGGACGCCCUCAGAUUGCAAGACGUGCCAUUGAACUUGCUGAAACCAGGUUGCUAAAAGACUACUGGCCUGAAUAUUAUGACGGAAAGCUUGGUCGAUACAUUGGGAAGCAGGCCCGUAAAUUCCAAACUUGGUCGAUUGCUGGUUACUUGGUUGCGAAGAUGAUGCUUGAAGAUCCAUCUCAUCUGGGCAUGAUAUCACUCGAGGAAGACAAACAGAUGAAGCCCCUACUCAGAAGAUCAAAUUCAUGGGCUUUCUGAUGCUAUUUAUCUUCUUUUUCUACUUACCCACCUAUGGCCUGUUCUAUAACGAUGGAAGGACAGGGCUAAUUGAAGCUUUCCACCUUUUCCUUUUAACUCCCAGGUUCCCUCUAAUAAGACAUUUGUAGUAUGUAGUAUGUGUUCUUUCUUUUGCUUAUCUAAACUGACAUGAUACAUUUGUUCUUUCUUCUCCA